GGAGUCAAACGCGAAACAUUUUUUUGCGGACUGUUGACUUGUUUUUUUAGUUCUCGGACCAUAAUUUGGCGUAAAUUCUCAUCGUGCGACAUUCGCCUUAGUCAAUUUCCAGAGAAACUAUUGUUUUUGGUCAAAGCUUGCUACUUCGGUCUUUAAAACUUCGGCUUACAGAGAUAAUGAAAGUUCUUUCAACUUUUUCUUAGCAAUGUUAAAUAACUAACUAACUAACCCAGACAAAGCCCGAAACACCAGAACGCAAAACAGCACUUAUCCAGCCCCAAAUCCAGCAGUCAUCACUUCAACAGCCUCAAAUUCAGAAUUCGCAAAGCCAUAGCGUUAACCAAACAACUAGUUCGCAAACCACGUGGCAAAACUCUCACUUCACCAGUAUCAACAGUUGCAGACUAUCUGUCACAUCUGCCGGCUUCCACGUUGCCACUGAGUCUACAUCACUUCCUCAAAUACUCUGCAGAAAACGUGAAGAAGGAGAAUGUCAUACAGCAGCCCACUGUUCAGAGAAAUAUACCACAAAAUUCACCAGAAAGCAAUGGAAACAUACUCUCGAAUAAUAUCAACGGGGUAGGCAACAACAACAAUUUGAACUCGAAUCUUAGUAAUUGGGUAACAGUACCAUGAAUUUAAGCACUUUGACCACGAUAAAUACUGCACAGCUGCAGAAUGGAGCUACUCCGCCAAAGAAAAAGAAAAAGAAGAAACCUGAGAAGGAAAAGAAGCCCAGACCAAAGCCAGGAGAAAUACGUCUAACCACUGCCCUGGACGGCUCAACUCUCUAUUGCUGUCCAGAAUGUCACAUGGCUUAUCCAGAGAAAGAGCUUCUGGAACAACACCUGGUGGGCCAUACGCUGGAGAGAAGGUUCGUCUGUGACAUUUGUGGUGCUGGAUUGAAGCGAAAAGAUCAUCUUACGAGGCAUAAGCAGUCUCACAAUCCGGAGAGGCCUUAUGUCUGUACUGUUUGUUUGAAGGCAUUUAAGAGAAAGGAACAACUCACUUUACACUUUGUGAUACAUUCUGGCGAAAAAGACAUGUCUGCACCGAAUGUGGUAAAGGUUUCUACAGAAAGGACCAUCUGAGAAAGCAUACAAGAUCACAUAUUGCGAGGAGAGUCAAAGCGGAGCUAUCUCAGCAAGGUGGUAACACGCAGUCUCUGCAACUCCAUGUUCCUUCUGCAUCGAACCCAAGCACGACAGGUAUAAUGUCCUAAAUUCAGCAUUUCUUUCAAGCAGUUUUACUUUAUAAAUUCUGGUACUCAACGGAAUCGGUGUGGUAUUUGGCUGUGAUUCAAUUUGUUCCAUGACAAUGUUAGGCUAGUUCCGGUAGAUAUAAUCUACCGUUAAAAAUACAGUGUGAUGAUUAGAACUUGGAUGCAUUUUUGGUACAGGGUUGUGCUGAAAUAUUGUGAUAUUUUUCUACGGAUAUUAAGCGGUACUUACGGAUAGUUGUGAUGGUCCAGUGACUGUAGUUAGGCAAGAAAAAGUUGAUCAAUCAUUUUCAACCGAAUUUUUUUCUACGAUUGAACUAGAAUUGCCUAAAAAUAAAUAUAAAAUAAAUUUAUUUAUCUGUAUAAAUUGAAUUUCAAUAAGUUUUUUGCUAUACGAAACCUCGGAUUAUUGCUGAUAUUUUGACUGGGUUGCUGGACCGACUGGGUUAGACUGAAUGGCACAAUUGUCCCAAAAAUGCGACCAAGUUACAAAAAAAAUCGGAUUCUAAAAUUUUGUGGUGGGUACUAGAAUUUCAGUACACAGAGUAUCAUUUUUCUUCUAGUCAUUUUGAAGCUACCUCAGCAGUUUUCAUUGUGAUAUACAUAUAUAUACAUUUAGCAGUUGCUCUGUGCACUUACACAUUUUAUUUCCGGUAAAAAAAUUAUUGAAUUGGAAAAAGAGUACAAAGGUAGUAUUCCAUUUGUUUCCUUUUAUUUUUGAGUUUAAUGUUUUUGUUUUACAAUAGU